AUAUCACGAAUAAAAAUUCUCACGAAAUUCUCUGACCAGGAAUGAAAAUUAAAUAUUAAUACUGUAAUUAAGCUAUAUUCCAUAAUUUCAGCCAUAAAAUAUAUAUCUAGCCAUGUGGUUUUUAUAUUUGUUGAGCUGGCUUGCUCUGUGCAUCCAAAUUCUUGUUGUAACAUUGUCUAUUGCUGCUGGACUUUAUUACUUAGCAGAAUUAGUUGAGGAGUAUACGGUGUUUACAAGUAAAGUCAUCAGAUAUUUGAUCAUAUUUAAUACAUCGGUGUACAUAUGUCUGUUACUGUUUGAAGAGAUGCCAUUUUUCACCAUACUAUUUGGACUUCUUGGGAAUGGUGCAUACUUUUUACUGCUGAGGGAAUUUCCAUAUUUUGCUCUGUCGUCACCAGGAUUCAUAGGUUCUGUUGUGUCAGUUGUUCUGAAUCAUUACCUGGCAUUUUCACAUUUUACACAAGAAUGGUAUCCUUUCCAUGAGGUACUGGCCUAUUUUACAGUAUGUCUAUGGAUGGUACCGUUUGCUUUCUUUGUUUCAUUAUCGGCUAACGAAAAUGUUUUACCAACAAUGGCCGAGCGACCACCCAUGAUGGGCGCUGAAACAGACGUUGUCUCAAAUUAUUUCAGUCGCAAAGGAAAGAAAUAUGGACUCCUUUCUAUGCUUAAAACUGCCCAGGAAAGCAUGUUGCCUCAAAGGGUGAAAAAACAUUUUUGAGGAGGUUUUGUGUAGUUUUAAAAACAUUUGCAUGAGAUUUAAGAAAACCAUUUAUUUUAUGAUUUGCCCAAUUUUUUGUGAUGCCAUAUUCACAUUUAAAUUGUAUUAGAUAUCCCUCCAAUUCAUAGCCUGUGAAAUAACAAAGUUUAUAAAUUUUGUCUAUAGCUGUAUAGAAAUAUAUGAUACAUGUAAAAUCAACUUAUGCAAGCUUGUUUUGAUAUAUAUUGCGUUAAUUUUUAUCAGAAGAUUCACGUAUUUCAUGUAAAGCAUGUACCUUUAUUUAUAAAUAUAUAAAUAUAUUUGCAUUAUCAUUACCCUUAACAUGACCAAAGAAAUUACGUUUUUUUUUAGAAAAUCAAAAUGAAAAGUUCACAAUUGACAUUCUGGUGCAAAUUUUUUUUACUAAGUUAUUAAUGUGCCAAAUCUUAAAAGUAUGUAAUUUAAGCACUGAUAUUUUGGAACACUGAUUUUUUUCUUUGGAAAAUCAUCAUGUAAGUGGAACACAGACAGGAAGUCAGUCUACUAACACUUUACUGCCAUUGGCCAAUUUCAAAUCUCUAUUCUGAUUCAACCAAUAAGAUACUUGCUUUUUUAGACUGGUUUUAAAACUAAAGUUUUAUGAUGAAAGGGGGGAUUUAGAUGUUGUGAUUUAGCCAUAAUAGAAGUUUGGAGAAAUAUAAAUUAUUGUAUGGGAUUUUAAUGGGAUUAAUCCAACGAGAGGGGAAUUUUCAUUUACGGUUGUAAUGGGAUGUAACAUUGUAGUUACUAUUUAUAGAAUAGACUUGAGGGAUAAAGCAUUUAAAGGCGCUUUGUAAUAAUGUAUAAUGUUAUUUUUAGCUCACCUGUCACAAAGUGACAGGGUAGC